GACGGGUGGGCAAGGGCCAUGGGGAGAGGCUGCCCCCAGGCCCCGUGCUGGGUCGCUCAUAGAGCACAGUCGGUUUUCGGGCCAGAUGACCCCGUCCCGCCGACCCUCCCUGCCGGACCACAGCCUCACUGCAGACGCUCACUUCUGGGUAAUCACUUCCGCUCCGGACCCACCGUUUCUCUACACAGCGUUUGACCUAAACAAGAAUUUCUAGAUGUACACACGCAGGGGGAAAAGGAGCCUGCAGGCAGCAGGGGAGACCCCAAUAUUGGAGCCAUCGGGGAAGGAAGGGGUGGGUUUGCCCCAGCAGGAGCCAUGACGGUACCCAAGCACAGAUGCACCGCCCCGCCCGGCUGACAGAGCAGCAGACAGGGCCGGCAGGGGCGCUGGGCACAGGGUGUCCUUGCUGGCCGUGCAGUGGGGUGGGGCGCACGCCAGCAGGGACAGCAGGCAGAAGAACGUUGAAGGAAUAAAAGCCGAGGACUGUCCAGACCCGAAUGAAAGGCGCAUGCCACAGACCCUCCCACACACAUCGUGGUCAGACGGGUGAGGACCAAAGAGGACCAGAGAAGCUUCCUUGCAGCCAGCGAUGCCACAGGCACAUCACUGCAGCACGCCUGUCAGUGCCAGAGAGGAGGGAGGACCCCCCCCCCCCCGGCCGGCCACACCGCGUCCUCAACAGGAAGGCACCUGCGGGCUGUCCCCGCUGCUCUGCCGGGGCUGCUGAGGGGUUCUGCAGGCAAAGACGCUUGAAGUCACAGAAAUGGGCAUCAACUCGAAGGAAGAGCAUCGGAUUCUGGCAAGAGGAACAGGAACACAGACUGUUUCUCCGAUCUUCAAUUACCUUAAAAGGAUGGGAGUCCCAGCUUCUGGAAACAGGAUUCCUGGGAAUCUUCCUGUGCCCUCUUUGGACUCUGUCUCGACUGCCCACAGGGACCCCCCCAUCCCAGAUCGUUCUGUGGGGCUUUCGGUGGCUGAUUUUCAGAAUCAUGCUUGGAGCGGGCCUCAUCAAGAUCCGGGGGGACCGGUGCUGGCGGGACCUCACUUGCAUGGACUUCCACUAUGAGACGCAGCCGGUGCCCAACCCCAUGGCCUACCUCCUGCACCAGUCCCCCUGGUGGGCCCACCGCUUUGAGACGCUCAGCAACCACUUCCUGGAGCUCGUGGUGCCUUUCUUCAUCUUCCUUGGACGGCGGCUGUGCAUCCUCCACGGGGCCUUACAGAUCCUGUUCCAGGUGGUCCUCGUCAUCAGCGGGAACCUGAGCUUCCUGAACUGGCUGACCAUGGUGCCCAGCGUCGCCUGCUUCGAUGACGCCGCUCUGGGGUUCUUGUUCCCCUCCGGGCCUGGGGGCCUCAAGGACCGAGUCCGGAAGAUGCAGGAAGAGGUGGCCCGAGGGGCCCGGCCCACCCUAAGAUACGGCUGCGUGGUGCGGCAGGCAGUGCACGUGGCACUAGGCAUCCUGGUGGCCUGGCUCAGUGUCCCCGUGGUCCUCAACCUGCUGAGUCCCGCGCAGGUCAUGAACACCUCCUUCAACUCCCUGAGGAUCGUCAACACAUACGGCGCCUUCGGAAGCAUCACCAAGGAGCGCACGGAGGUCAUCCUGCAGGGCACGGCCAGCCCCAACGCCAGCGCGCCGGACGCCGUGUGGGAGGACUAUGGGUUCAAGUGCAAGCCGGGUGACCUGGGGCGGCGGCCGUGCCUCAUCUCUCCGUACCACUACCGCCUGGACUGGCUCAUGUGGUUCGCGGCCUUCCAGGGGGCCCCCCACGUGCCCGGCUCUGUGCCCACAGCCAGAGCCUCCUUUCUCACCCCCAGACCUACGAGCACAACGAGUGGAUCAUUCACCUGGCAGGGAAGCUCCUGGCCAACGACAGGGAGGCUCUGUCCCUACUGGCCUUCAACCCUUUCAAGGACAGGGCCCCCCCCAGGUGGGUCCGGGGAGAGCACUACAGGUACAAGUUCAGCCGCCUGGGGGGCCGGCAUGCUGCGGCAGGCAGGUGGUGGGUCCGGAAGAGGAUCGGCCCCUACUUCCCCCCACUCAGCCUGCGAGACCUGGAGGGCUACUUCCGGUCCCGGGACUGGCCGCUCCCGGAGCUGGAGUAGUGCCGGUCCCGGACCAGUGCGCGGAGGAAUAAAGCAGGAAGGCCCGGCUACCUGGGUGAGGUCUUGUGCGCCCGGGGAACCGCCACCCACUCACACAGAGGAGGGGGUCCCGGGGCGACUCGUGCUGGCCUCCAGAGUCAGUCCCUGGGCCGCCGGGUCCCCUUCCUUACAGAUGGAGUUCUCUGCGGAGAGCCUGCCCCCGGUCCCUUUGCCGGUCACCAGUACCGCCCUGACCCCACCGUGUCCACCAGCACCAGGGCGCUGGGUCCACACAGGCCCCCGGCCCCGGGGCACCCGAACCCCAUCACGUGCCUGGCGGGGCCACAGGGAAGCUGCCACUCCCGACCUGUGCUCUUAGCAGCCCCUGGUGCUGCCCCCACGCCCAGGAGGUGCCCGGGAGAGGGAGACGCCACGGCUCCUGCCCGCCGCUUGUGCCUGCCCCCUUCUCAGAACCUGCACGCCUCCCCCUCCCCCAGCUCCAGGGUCCAGAGGCACAGACAGAAGCCCUUUGUUCCUCCCUAGGCGAGCCCCCUCCCACCCCCCGGCGCGUGAGUGACCGUGGAGCCUCCUGCUCCCUGACCCCCGCCCUGGGAGUGCCCACGGCGGCAAUUCCGAGGACUGACGGGCGCAAGUUAAACUACGUAGAUUAUUCCUUGCCAGGCGUCCUUCUGGGGGUCUCUGCCACAUGACGUGGACUGCGGCCCCACAUCGUUACUGCCUGAUGUUAGCCGGGAGCACACACGACUCCCACCCCACGGCGGCGCCCCUGCCGAUCAGGUAGCCCGACUCCCUGCCCUAGCUGCCCCUCCCCCUCCCCGCACCCAUCCGGAGCGCCUGGCCACCCCAGGGAGGGUCCCGGCGGGAACGAGGUGCUUCAGGCAGGAGGCCCGGCCGAGGGGGGCACAAGCGCGGGUCUGUGUGGAGGGCCCCCACACACACACAGCCCGCCGGGUGGGGGGGGGGGGGGGGGCGGCCAGCCGGUCCAGGUGCCAACAGAGAGGCCGUGUUCCUGCUCCCGGGGACACAGGCUCCCUGUGUCUGGCUCAGGACAGACGGGGCCUCAGACGAGGAGCCUGGAGCCAGCGAGUCUGCCCGCGGCGGCCGCACGGAGCUGCCCACCAGCCCGCCGUGGCCUGGGCAGCCCUUCCUAGGGGGCUGUCCCGGGAGCUCUGCUGCUGGGUGGGGGCACGGGGCGGGCGGGCGGCCUGGGGAGACUCCGCCGCCAGAACCACCGCAGGCCCCUGGCAGCUCUCGUUCUCGUUCCCGUCCCGUACUGUGGGCUCACCACACCCCUGCCCGCGGGCGCCACGCCAAGCCUCCUCCACCUCUCCCGGGACAGGCCUUCGGGGCACACCGGCCCUCAGACGAGACAAACAUCCGCUCGCCCAGAGGGCCGCUGCAAGGGACACACGACAUCUCCCACGGCCCGUACCCUCCCAGAGGCCCAGGGUGCCCCAGCCUCCACCUUCACAGCCUGUCCUGAGGCCCAUCAUCUCCCUCCUGACACCCCACCCCUCCUCCACUCGAAAUCCUCCCGUGGCCCCAGCCUCACUGAGCACAAGCCUGGGGUCGCGCCGUGGCCCCCGUUCCUCACGCCCACCGGUGCCGGACCGCAGGGCCUUUGCUCUGGCAGCUCCCGUGCCACCUCCACACAGCCCACCCCCCUUGAGGGCCACCUCACCCUGCCUUCGCCGGACCCCAAGCCGCUCCUCCCAGGGCCGAGCGACACCGAUACGGGCCUGCUGGAUAAAAUGUCCACCUGACAAAGGAGAAAGGUCCCAAAUCCGCAUCUACUCAGCCUGACCCUGCGCUCUCUGGGAAGCUGUUUCUUGGUCAACCCAAGAGAAACUUCAGGGGCUGGGGCUCCGGGACACGUGGGGACAUUAGCUCACCCUGCCUGGGCGGUGGGUGCAGGUGGACCGGGUGCCUCCUCUACCCACCCCCGGCUCCACCGUAGAAAAAUCGUCUCCCGGGGGCGGGGGCGGGGCUCUCUUCUCACUGGGAACAGACAGACACGGAGGUCAGGCUCAGGUCAACGCUAGAUAUGCUGCCCGCACCUCCCGGGGUACAAGGCUCGAGGGAAGGGCCUGGCCCCCGGGAGCCGAGCCCGCCCAAGCCAGGGACAGACUGGCUGACCACGUGCGGGCCAGGGGCGGGGGAACCUUCCCUUUCCGAGAGGGUUUUCGCUCGGCAUCGGUGACAUGUGAAGGUCGAGCGGUGCUCCUCUCGACCUCGCUCGGACCACAGACCUGCGGGCGCAGGAGUUCCGGGCCCUGCCCGCCACCGCAGGCCUCCUGCAUCUGCACCGGGAAGGCCCCCGUGCUCUGCCCCCGGGGCCGCCGGGUUGCGUCUGCACAGGGUCCACACACUUCAGGCCCCGUGGCUCUGCGGACGGACACAAUGACAAAUUCGAGAAGGGCGCAGAUUUCUAAAACCUGCCGGGUGGGCCCGGGCAGCCUGAGUGGCCGUUAGCCAUCACUGUUCCGCUCAGCUGCUUUUGCGAUUACUCACGGGUCACCGGCCUCUGCCGUCUGUGGGGUGACGGCCCUUCCCUGCUCCCGAGGCUCACCUGGGGCUGGUCUUUCUUACCGCCUUCUCGGUCUCGCAGCACCGGCGCCGGGUUUUCCAGCCAGCGUCCCCGGCCCUAGCGCACAGACACUCGUUCUUCGUGCCUGCCACCUUGCGGGGGUUCCACUGGUGCCAUCUUGGACUGAAAACUUCACUUCUUCCUGUUCCUCCUUCUGACCUCGAGGGAGUGGAGCCGAGGGCCCCAUGGCUCAGCUGGACACUGUGGGCCUGGUCUGUGGGUUCUAGAACCGCUGCCUUUCCCUUCAACCCAUCCAAAGACAGCUGGGGAUUUUAGUUUCCAGAAAAAAGGACUUGGGGCUACCUUUUGACUGUCUUCUAUUUUACCCCAUGCGUUCGCCACCCCCAGGACUCCCCUCCACCUCAGGCCCCCGCAUCCUUAGGACCGACGUCCCUCUGGGAAGGACACCUUCGCCAGACGUGAGGUGGCUGCUUGCCUCCCUCUGCGGACAAGUCCCCUUGCUCCGCAGCACAACACCCUGGGCCCUGGGCCGCUCCCCAAGUCGACCUCCCUGCCCUGUACCCUCAGGGCAUAAAGAUGCCUUUGUCCUCAGGGAACUGCUUCCAAAGCCACUGAGUAAAGCAAACUGACCUUUAAAACUCCUAAAGUAAUCCAUGAAAUCGACAAGCCUUUAGUCUAACACACAGGAAAAAAAAAAAGAUGCAGAAAACUAAAAUCAGAAAAAAGAGAUCGGGAGCAUUACUACUAACCUUAAAUAAAAAGAACUUUAGGAUUACUAAGAGCAACAGUAUGCCGACAAAUGAGAUCGCGUCGACGAAACAGACAAAAUCCUAGAGACGCACCGACUACCAAAAGUGACUCGGGAAAAAACAAAGUUGUAAAAGAUCUAUAACAAGAGAGUGGAUCAGUAAUCAAAAACCUCCCAAUAAAUAAAAACACUGGACCAAUGGCUUCACUGCUGAAUUCUGCCAAGAAUUUAAAAGAGCAUUAACACCGAUUCUUCCCAAACUCUUCCAAAAAACUCGGAAAAGGGAACGCUUCCUAAGUCCUCUCGUGAAGCCAGUUUUACUUGAUAACAAAGCCAAAAACACCAGUAUCCCUUAAACAUACAGAGCGGAAAGUCCUCAACAAAAUACUAGCAAAGUAACAGCAUGACCAGAGAGGAUUCUAUGCCACGGCCAAGUGGGAUUCUGCCCCAGGAGUGCCAGAGCGGCUCAACCUCAGAAAAUCCAUCACCGCGGUCCGCGCAUCCGCAUCGACAGAACACGGCGGGUGGGGCACGCACAGUCCUCUCAGCAGAUGCAGGAAAAGCAUCUGACAAAACCCAGCCGCCUUUCAGGAUAAGAGCCGCUCAGAAAACUUCCUCAACAUAAUACAAGGUGGUCAGCCACAGCCCACAGCCCACGUCAUUCUCAAUAACGAAAGACUGAAAGCUUUCCCCCCAAGAUCAGAGCUGAAACCAGAAUGUCCGCGGUCAUCGGAGCCACCCAGCACUGCACUCGAAUUCCAACGAGGGCAGGUAGUUGAGGAAAAUUGAAGUAUAACCACCUCUGUUCACAAAUGACAUGAUCCCACAGACAGAAAAUUCCGAAGAUCUACAAAAACAAACACAAAAACCCCACGUGACACUGGAGCUAAUAAACUAACUCAGCAAACCCGCAGGGUACAAGACGGACACACAGAAAUCAGACACACCAGCAAUGAACAAUUUGGCAAAGAAACUAAGGCAACGAUUGCAUUUACGAGUGCAGUCAAAAGAUAAAAUACCUACCAAAAAACGUAACCAAGGAGGUAAACGACCUACAUGCUGAAAACUACAUAACACUGCUGGAAAACCUUCAAAAGACCUAAGUCGGUGAGAAGCAUGCCCAUCCACCAACCGUGUGGCUGUAGCGUCAAGAUGACAGUACUACCCAAAGUAUCUAAAGACGCAGUGAAAUCUCUACCAAAAUUCCGUUGGCUUUUUUUGGAGAAAUGGAAAAAAAGCCAAUGCUCAAAUUCACUUGGAACUGCAAAGGGCCCCAAAUAACAAAACAAUCUUAAAAAGUUGGAGGACUCGCAUUUCCUGAUAUGAAAACUUACUCCAAGCUACAGUUAUCAAAACGGUGUGGUCCUGGCAUAGCGACAGACACGCGGACCAGAAGGGAACGGAGAGCUAACAGACCCUCACACAUAUGGUCAAAUGAUUUUAGACAAGGGUGCCAAGGCCACUCAGGGAGAGGGCAGUCUUUUCAACAAAUGGUGCUGGGAAAGCAGGAUCUAAGCACUAAACGAUGAAGUUGGGCCCUUACCCCACACCAUAUUCAAAAAUUAACUCCAAAUGGAUGAAAGAGCGGCAAUUAUUAAAAGUCCCAGAAAAAAAAAUAGAUUUACCAAUGGAUUCUUAGAUGGGAUGCCAACAGCAGAAGCAACAAAAGGAAAACCAGAUAAAUUGGACACCAUCAAAAUUUUAAACUUUUGUGCCUCUAAGAACGUUAUCAGCAAAGUGAAAAGACAACCCACACAGUGGGAGAAAAUAUUUGCAAGUCAUAGAUUUGAUAAAAGUCUAGGAUCAAGGAUAAAUAGAGAACUCUUACGUAUAAACCACAAAAAAGACAAACCAAUUCAAAAGGACUUGAUUAGCCAUUUCUCCAAGAAAGGCACACAACUGGCCAAAAAGCACAUGAAAAGAUCCUCGACAUCCUCAGUCGCUGGGAAAUGCACAUGAAAACCACAACGGGAUAUUACUUCACACCCACUAUAAUGGCUCUGAUUUUUUUAAUAAACAUGACAAGUAUUGGCAAGGAUGUGGAGAAAUUGGAGCUUCUGUAUCUUGCAGGUGGGGAUGUGAAGGACACAGCCACUGUGGAGACAGCCAGGCAGCACCUAGGAGGUUAAACGUGGAUCAACGACCACAUGACCCAGCAAUUCCACUUGGGUGCGUGUGUCCAAAAGAGUUCGAAACAGGGAGUCAGACAGAUACUCGUGCAUGAAUGUUCACAACAGCCAAAAGGUGAAAACCCCGAUGUCCACCAACAGACGAACACAUGAACAAAAUGUGGUCUCUCUGCACGAUGGAACAAGGAAUAAAGUUUUGUCACCUGCUA